GCAAGAGAAACGCAUCCAAUCAGCGUCCUGGAUUCCGUGAUGAGGAGGGCAAUGAAGCAGAUCAUGUUCUCCAUUAAUAUUGAACUUCCGUAUAUGUAUUAAGUUGUAUCAGCUGACCCAUGUCAACUGAAAAAGUCAGUCAAAACGCCAAAUAUAUUUGCACACGUGUGUUUCUUUGCAUAGCUAUACGAUAUUUAAUUUACCACAACACUGCUGGAAUACGUUUAAAUAACUUAAUAAAAGCCUCACCGCGCCACACACACUGCUAAAAUUAGCUUAGCCGUGACGCGCUAUAUUUUCUGCGAGCUCAAGCAGGAAAGUAGUUCCGGUCGAUACGGCGGAAUAAAACGAGUGUUCGCAGCGGAGGCCGCAGCGCUCUGCUCCCAGUUCAGCCACAAGGAUCUCCCUGCAGACUCCAGUCAUGUCGAAGGCUAAGGACACGGGUUCCACGGUCAUCCACCAGCAGCAGCUGCAUGCUGCCAUGGCCGACACCCUCCUCGAGCACAUGUGUUUGCUUGACAUUGACUCUGAGCCUGCUGUGUCGCGCAACACUGGAAUCAUCUGCACCAUCGGACCUGCAUCCCGAUCUGUGGAGAAGGCCAAGGAGAUGAUCAAGGCUGGAAUGAACAUUGCAAGAAUGAACUUCUCUCAUGGAACACAUGAGUACCAUGCUGAGACCAUCAAGAAUGUCCGUGAUGCGACUGAGAGCUUCGGGCCUGGCUCAGUAGACUACAGACCCGUGGCCAUCGCUCUGGACACCAAGGGACCAGAAAUCAGGACCGGCCUCAUCAAGGGUAGCGGAACCGCCGAGGUCGAGCUAAAGAGGGGUGAGACCAUCAAGCUCACACUGGACGAUAACUUCAUGGACAACUGUGACGAGAAAGUUCUGUGGCUCGACUACAAGAACAUCACCAAGGUCGUCCAGAUCGGGAGUCACAUCUUCGUGGACGACGGACUGAUCUCCCUCAAAGUUAAAGAAGUUGGUCACGACUACCUGCAGUGUGAGAUUGAAAACGGUGGACUGCUGGGCAGCAAGAAAGGUGUCAACCUGCCCGGAGCUGCCGUUGACCUCCCGGCCGUGUCAGAGAAGGACAUUCAGGACUUGCAGUUUGGUGUGGAGCAGGGCGUCGACAUGGUCUUUGCCUCAUUCAUCCGCAAGGCUGCAGAUGUCGAGGCUGUCAGGAAAGUUCUGGGUGAGAAGGGCAAAGACAUCAAGAUCAUUAGCAAGCUGGAGAAUCAUGAGGGCGUCCGCAGAUUUGAUGAGAUCUUGGAGGCCAGCGACGGCAUCAUGGUCGCUCGUGGAGAUCUGGGCAUUGAAAUCCCAACAGAGAAAGUCUUCAUCGCCCAAAAGAUGAUGACGGGAAGAUGUAACCGCAUCGGCAAACCCAUCGUCUGUGCCACACAGAUGCUGGAGAGCAUGACCAAAAAACCCCGUCCCACCCGCGCUGAGGCUAGCGAUGUCGCCAACGCCGUGCUGGAUGGCAACGACUGCAUCAUGCUGAGCGGUGAGACAGCAAAGGGCGACUAUCCUCUGGAGGCCGUGCGCACACAGCACAUGAUUGCCCGUGAAGCUGAGGCAGCAAUGUUCCACAGGCAGAUGUUCGAGGAGCUUCGUCGCACUUCUCAUCUGACCCGUGACCCCGCGGAGUCUGUGGCCAUCGGAGCCGUCGAGGCGUCGUUCAAGUGCUGCGCCAGCGCCAUCAUCGUGCUGACCAAGACCGGCCGGUCAGCUCACCUGCUGUCCAGGUACAGACCACGCGCCCCCAUCAUCGCCAUCACCCGCUGCGGCCAGACGGCUCGCCAGGCUCACCUGUACCGUGGUAUCUACCCAGUUCUCUACACCAAACCUGCCAACGACGUCUGGGCUGAGGACGUGGACCUCCGUGUCAACUUUGCUCUUGACGUUGGUAAGCACCGCAAGUUCUUCAAGUCCGGUGACGUGGCCAUCGUGGUGACCGGCUGGCGUCCUGGGUCUGGCUACACCAACACCAUGAGAGUUGUGCUGGUGCCUUGAACUCCACCAUAAGUGACAUAAACUCUUAUGUGACUUGUUACUUGUUACAUUUUCCUUCCUCCUCUGGUGUAAUCACUAUCUUUCCUGUGCAAAGACUCAACCUUUUAAUAGUCGCUCUUCUGUCACGUCUUGACUGCCAUGGAGAACCACAGCGUACUCUGUACACUUGACAUAUGUGUAUUUAUUUGUUGUCAUUUUAAUAGAGCACACAGCUGUUUGUUGUGGUAUUCUCUCUUCAGGCAUACUUGAUGUUGUCACGCUGUGGUCAGAAGCCUCUGUCUAUUAAAAGAGAUUUUAGUAACCAAUGUCU